AUGUCAGAAACAAGCAGGAGUAUGCCAGAGAGCAGCCACUUUUUCGAAUCACCCUCCCCCUCAACACGAGUCAUGAGCGUUCAUGACAAGCGCUCCGACGACUCCAAGCUACAAAAAGGAGUCUACUUCCUCAAGGUUGGGGUCGGGCCCGGAAAGUACAUGUGCAAGAUCCUGGAAGAGCGUUCAACGGUUGAGAUUGCGGACCCAACAGCGGACAGAGCGGUUGUUUUUCAGAACGUCACCAUUGGCAUCUUAUCGGUGACUGUCAACGGACAGGUGCACAUUCUCAAAUGCGCAACAAGCAGCAACAGGCUGGUACCUGGCGACGAUGCCAAUGAGAAAAAUAUGCUGUACAAACCCAUCUGGGUCGACCGGGUCAAGAACAUGGCAACAGUGUUGGACCUGAAUAUCGGAGCUCCCUAUGAUUCCCACGGACAGAAAAACGCGGGCCCCGAGUGUCACGGAAACUGGCACGCCUCGCACGUCGAGAAAAAACUGGCCGUGCUGGCUGUCCACAUGGCUCGCGAGUUUCUAGGGCUCAAGUGGAAAAACCAGCUGGAUGCCGGCGACUUGCUCGAGCUCAAGGAGGCCGUCCGCGCCAACGACGGGCUUUCGUCCUACCAGAUUCAGCUGCAGCGUGCCGCGUGCGCGCUCUGCGUGCAGUUUGUGGGACGGCUGAGCUUCGCAAGCGGCAUCAAGAUGGCCAUUCACGCCCGGCCGGGUCUCAAGACUGAACCGGAUCCGACGCUCAGGUUGCUCGCGACAUGGGAUCCUGCAGAGCAAGCAGCAGCAGGAAACGCCGCGUCUCGCAUCCGCGAUGGCCCGCGAAGUCUGGAAUGGAGAAAGGUUGAUCAAGAAUUCAAAAAAUAUCUUGACAGCAAACAGGAGCCGACGCAGACGAUCACUGCCGAGCAGCCGCCGACUUUGAUGCAUGUUGAAAGCGACGCCGACAUCUACGACGCAACCCCUCCCCCUCCUUCCAAAAAAUCCGUGCAGAGCUUCUUGGAUACCGUUCAACCUUUUGCCAAAUCCCCAAUGGACACGAUGGCAAUGACUGAGAUGGAGCCCCUUUUUAAAAAGAACGUCAGUGGUCCUCUGGGGAUUGGCAUCACCAAGUCCAAAGAGCAAGCUAAGCGCCGGGGCCAACCGCUGGAUCCUCGACACGUUGUCAAACCGCUGCCCGCGACGCCGGUGCUUGACCCGCCUUCGAUGUUCUUGCCAAGUCACGAUCGGACUCCCGGCUUCGCCACAGAAGACUGCUUCGGCCUUCACGUGUACAGUCAAGACAUCGCUCUCAUCAGGCGAACGGUCACCCCGAGUCAGCCUCUUAAGGUGUCUCGGCAGUUCCCACUUACCCGCAAGGACCAUCUGGGCGGGAAGGCUUGUUCUUUCAAGGGCCACUCGCAUUGGAGCAAGCUUGGUAUGAGUCGCCAGUUUGACGCAUCUUGGGGCAUGUUUGAGGCUAACCAGGAGCAAGAAUACAGAGAGGCCGAUUGCUACCUUUACCCUUGCGCUCAUGUGAAUGCCAAGCCAUCACGGCCCGGCUUCGCUCCACGCUCAGAUGCGCCAGACACUUUGACAGAGUUUCGUCAGCUGCUCGUUGAAAGCCUUGCCAAGAACGUUACAGGUCAACUCACCCACAUUGCCACGGGACAACCGUCAAUUCGGAUCACCAACUGGGCCAAGCGUAGGGCUACCGGCGCGCCUAGACAAGACGAACAAGAUGACGGACGGAGUACGGGGACGCAUGACACCCCCCAUCUUAGCGAGUCAGUCCCCAGAAGACAUCUCCGGAUACACCUUUCUGUCAACCUGGAUCGUGACACCAAUCGCAGCCUUGAGACAAUCAGCAAGUCAGUCUCACGUCAAUGCGCUUUCCUGAUCGAUCUCGGCGAUGGGGGCCUCAACGGGCUUGGCCAGCCCAAAACAGGUUGCGCUGUUGCGAUGCCUACGGCACUGCCCAUCUGCCGGUCACAAAAACCCUUCGACGCCGGACCGGGUAGCAGAGCGUGA